GGCAUCGUAGUCGCCCUCGCUCGGCAGCUGAGGUGGCACGCUGCUCACAUUUGGUGGUAUGAUGGCGCCGUCGGAUGCACGGAUGGGUCCGUCGAUGUCUGGAAGGCUCACGCGGGUGCUGACAGGGCGGGCCGGCCGCUUGGAUGGCUGAGGAGGGAUGAAGGCGCGACAAGGGAACGGGGCGUUGCACGCGGCCGCCCACGCCGCCUUCAUCUGAGGGGUGAAGGACGAGAAGUCGACGCGUGUGGCGCACGGGCCGCUGUAGACGGUGUCUGUGGGCAAGCAGAGGAGGGAGCCGCGGGGCUUUCGCCACCCCAGCGGACACUCGGCAGUGAAGUCGUAGUCGCACGCUGCCCUCGGGGGCCACAUGAGGUGACAGCGGACAGCCAGACGAUACUUGCCCUCCUGCAAGAAAUUGACACACAAAUUAGGGGCUCGACGCAUACGAAUGAGCCAGUGGUGCGGUGGCCCACCUGGUCGACGUCGGCUGUGAUGAGUGUGGAUGCACAGGGGCCCUUGUAGUGAGGCGGAGCUGUGCAUGCGGCCGUGCUGUCACUCGCAGACGUCCAGCCGAGAGGACUGCAUCAGGUAGACACACACGCAAUCACUCGUUGUGUGUGUCCCUUUCGGUGCAUCCGAGGAUGGUUUACCAUUUGUGUGUGAGGUCCAUGUGUUGUCUGUCGUCGCAUGGCCACUCCACCUCACAUGCGUGCAUGAAGAUGUGCUUCUCCUCAUCGCUCAGCAGGCCCACCGGCUGUGUGGCGCCGCACCGGCCGCGGUAGUAGGCCGGUGCCGUGCAGUGGGUGUCGUUGACCUCGGCCCACCCCAGCGGACACAUGAUUGAGAAGUCUGGCUCACACGCGACGCGGCACGGCCAGGACACACCGCACUCAGACGCCCACACGGCCUUCAGCCGCUCGUCGUGCCCUGACACAUCCACAGACAAUUGGAUGCAGCCAUCGUGUCGCUUGUCUGUGUCGUGUUUGUGUGGCCACUGACUGACCAGUGAAGUCGGCCUCUCUGAUGCAUGGUCCGCGGUAGGUCGGUGGGGCUCUGCAGCGCUCACCACCGACGCUCACCCAGCUGAACGGACCAGACCAUCAUCACCAUCACCAGAACAAACCAAUCAUCGGAAGUGUGUCUCACGCACUCCUCUCUGAUGUCUUCCUACGUACCCCUGCGGGCAGCUGUAUGAGUAGUCGCGUGCGCAUUUGGCGCCGGUCUUUGGCCACUGAGUGCCGCAACGCUCCUCGUGGUCAUUCUUGGUCCGUGGCGUAAACAAUGAAAAGUCAUCGUUCCCGUUGCACGAACCCGUGUAGGUGGCGGGAGCUGACGAUCGACAGACACACAUACACAGAGACAGUGUGCCUCAUCCUCUCCGUGUCUCCAAUUGAAUAGAUCUCUGGCUGACCGAUGCAGUGUUUGCCAUCUCCCUGGUCGAUCCAAUCAGCGGGGCACAUGGUCUGAUAAUCAGGUUCGUUGCCGGCAGAGUCCAUCAGUGAGUCCGGGUCAGGCAACCCUUCGUCCCGCGCCGCCUCAGACACAGCCGACAGGGCCAUCUGCCGCGCCUCGGAGGGCGUCAGUCCGCCAGUGGACAGCAGCAGACCCGUGAACAGAUGGCUUGUCACAGACGAGAGGGGCUCGCCGCCGCCGCUUGCAGACAU